CGCAACUCCCUGACAGAAUCAAGUGUGUACAAAACAUCACCCGUACCCCAGCAUCACUUAGAUUACAUUUGUACUGAAGUGACAAAUUUACGAAGUGUUUUGUGUAGUUGCAAUACUUUUUGCCAUGGAGAGGUUCUCUUUUCUACUUUUUUGCCUGCUUUGUGUUCUGGUUAGUUUAAGCACUGGACAGCACCAUUUACGUGCGCGAAUGGGGCCAUGGAGACACAGAAUCCAAUGGGAGAACAACGGUCGGAUGUAUAGUUUACUCAGCACGGGGUCUGAAUAUCUCGCACCGGCGAGGAAACUACCUGCUCAGCUCUAUCUGACCACCAAUAAUGAUUUCAAUAUACGUCACCCACCUUCCCCGAGGGACACGGUGCCGGUGGCGGGAUACCCAGGAGCGCGUCCCCCUCCCCAAGGAGGCACCGGUUCCACUUCCAACGGUACUGAUUCCGGGUCUCUCCAGGAGUUCUCAGGCAGUGGGAUACCGAGGGGAGGACGAAACACUACUCGGGUUGAUGUCAGCCUGCCGGUUCCGCGACAGGUCUCUGUGUCACCGGUCAAAAGCGAAGAGAAUGCGCAUGAUCAGGGCACGAGCCAAGCGCGACAUGAGACCCCAGAAGCAUCAGCCCACCCACCCACAUCUGGCUACGUGAAUAAUUCCGAGGAUGCAGACAACAGACAACGUGCCCAGCGCAUUGCCCAAGCAGCGGAUUCUAUUCCCUCGUCCAGACGCAUUCCAGCUCCAGAAUCAAAUACAUCUCCAACUGCGCUGAGUGCGCUUUCUAACAAUGGCGUGGAGGCGCACAUCACUCGCUCGCAGCCCCAGCAACCGAGGAGGGUUGAAAGUAAUAAUAUGAUAGGUGAUUAUGAUGAUGAUCCCACGGACCCAAAUAAAAACCACCAAAAUUCUGUUUUUUAUAACGGAAGAACCAGAGAACCUGUGCGUCUUCCACCGGGAACAGGCUAUGGCACCAGAUUAUUUCAUAACGGUCUCCCAGACCUUGUCCCUGACCCCUACUAUAUCCAAGCUGCUUCUUAUAUUCAACGGGUUCAGAUGUAUGCCCUGAGAUGUGCAGGAGAGGAAAACUGUCUGUCACGGUCAGCGUAUCGACCAGGUGUCAGAGACAUCGACUACAGGACUCUACUGAGGUUUCCUCAGAGGGUGAAGAACCAGGGGACUGCCGACUUCCUCCCAGUCAAACCCAGACACCAAUGGGAAUGGCACAGCUGCCACCAGCACUACCACAGCAUGGAGGCCUUCAGUAACUAUGACCUGCUGGAUGUCAUCACAGGCAGGAAGGUGGCAGAGGGACACAAGGCCAGCUUCUGUCUGGAGGACACGAGCUGUGACCCGGGAGUCCGCCGACGCUUCGCCUGCACAGCACACACACAGGGAUUGGGUCCUGGUUGCUAUGAUACCUACAAUGCCAACAUUGAUUGCCAGUGGAUUGACAUCACAGACGUGCCACCAGGAAACUAUAUUCUCAAGGUGACGGUAAACCCAGCUAUGCAAGUGCAGGAGUCAGAUUUCUCAAACAACAUAGUGAAGUGUGACAUCAGGUACACAGGAAGCUAUGUCCAUGCCAGGAACUGUAGGAUCACUGGGUAA